AUGUCAGCAACCAAGCUCUUCACGAGCGCCUCAAGGCUGCUUUCACAGCGAUCUGCCCUUCCUUCCUCAAUACGUCCUUCUUUCCGUAGAGUCGCACCUAUAUCGCUUCCUGCGAUCCGAGGAUAUGCUUCCGGUUCACAGCAGACCUUCACGGUCCGCGACGCACUUAAUGAAGCAUUGGCAGAGGAGCUUGAGCAAGAUGAGAAAGUGUUCAUAUUAGGAGAGGAGGUAGCCCAAUACAAUGGUGCAUAUAAAGUCACCAAGGGACUCCUCGACCGCUUCGGCCCUAAACGAGUCAUCGACACGCCAAUUACAGAAUCGGGUUUCUGUGGUCUAGCCGUGGGUGCAGCUCUCGCCGGCCUGCAUCCUGUCUGCGAGUUCAUGACGUUCAAUUUCGCUAUGCAGGCGAUUGACCAGAUCAUUAACUCUGCGGCAAAGACCCACUACAUGUCUGGCGGUAUCCAGCCCUGUCCGAUUGUUUUCCGCGGCCCUAACGGUUUCGCCGCUGGAGUCGCUGCUCAACACUCACAAGAUUACUCAGCGUGGUACGGAAGCAUCCCUGGUCUGAAAGUGGUCGCCCCAUGGAGUGCGGAGGACGCAAAGGGACUGUUGAAAGCCGCUAUCCGAGACCCCAACCCCGUGGUUGUCCUUGAGAACGAACUGCUAUACGGCCAGGCUUUCCCGAUGAGCGCAGAGGCUCAAAAGAGCGACUUCGUCCUCCCCUUUGGCAAGGCAAAGAUUGAACGACCAGGCAAGGACUUGACCAUUGUCACCCUUUCACGUUGUGUGGGUCUGUCACUCGACGCGGCAGAACAGCUGAAAAAGAACUAUGGCGUUGAAGCCGAGGUCAUCAACUUGCGUUCAAUCAAACCAAUGGAUGUGGAGGCUAUCAUCAAAUCAGUCAAGAAGACAGGUGUGCUCAUGGCGGUCGAAUCCGGGUUCCCUGCCUUUGGAGUCGGUGCAGAGAUCCUUGCCCUAGCUGUCGAAUAUGGGUUCGACUAUCUUCAGGCACCACCGGUUCGUGUUACUGGUGCGGAGGUACCCACCCCCUACGCGCAGAAAUUGGAAGAGAUGAGCUUCCCUCAAGUCGAUACCAUCACAAACUAUGCAGCGAAGCUACUCAAGGUGUGA